CAGCCGUCACAGUUACUGAGAUAAUGCAUUCACGACGCUGCUGUCCUCUCGCAGUCCACACGGCAGUCCACACGUCCAAACAUUUCUUCUUUUUGCGCCACAAUGGCAGCUUCCAGCUUCUUCUACGCGACCUUCGGGCUGUGCGUCUGUCUGGGCAUCAUGUGCGUGGUCUUCGUCAGCGCCUGGAACUCGCGGUGGCGCGGCGGCUUCGCUUGGGACGGCACGGAGUCGCAGUUCAACUGGCAUCCGGUCCUCAUGGUGACGGGACUGCUGGUUCUCUACGGCCUGGCUGCUGUGCUGUACCGCAUCCCGUGCACGUGGUCCCAAAGGAAGCAGCCCUGGAAGCUCCUCCACGCCGGUCUCAUGCUGGCCGCCCUGCUGCUCUCCAUCGGGGGCCUGACCGCCGUCUUUGAAGUCCACAGGAGCCUCCACAUCCCGGAUAUGUACUCCUUGCACAGCUGGGUGGGAAUGUGCACCGUGGUCACCUUUGCGUGUCAGUGGCUCCUCAGCUUGGCCGGCUUCCUGUUCCCGUGUUCGCCGCUGUGGUUCCGUGCUGGCCUGAAACCGUUCCACGUCUGGAUGGGAAAGGUCGUUCUAAUGCUCGUGUUGGCCUCCUGCAUCAGCGGAAUCAACGAAAACCUCUUUUUUGUACUUGAUGGAGUCUCUGCAGAAGCUUACAGCUCGCUGCCCGCAGAGGCCCAGUUUGCAAACACUCUGGGAGUUCUCAUUGUGGCCUUUGGGGUGGUUGUGUUUGGAAUCUUGUCCAAAGCGGACUGGCAGCGUCCCGACACACACAACGAAGAGGCUCCUCUUCUCCUCCGAGAGGAAGCCAUUUGAACGUUCCAGUCAGAUGACAGCGGAGUGACAGGAGAAUCACAUGUUCCUGACAUUUAAAGUGUGACAAACGACUCGAUGUUAACAAAACAGCUUUAUGAAUCCUGCAUGAGUAAAUACCUACC